UCUGUUGUACAGACUGUAUGUCUCUCUAUUUUUAACUCAGGAAGUAAAAAAUGGCAGAAGAAGAGGUAGGUAUUUUUGUCAACCAGGAGCUGUUCAGUUGUCCCAUCUGUAUGGAACUUCUGCGAGAGCCUGUCACCAUUCCCUGUGGACACAACUACUGUAUGGACUGCAUUAAGAGUUACUGGGAGCAGAAGAACCAGAGGAAGCUAUGCAGCUGCCCACAGUGCAGACAGACCUUCUCUCCAAGACCUACGCUCAAUAAAAACACACUGUUUGCUGAAGUUGUCGAGAAAUUUAGACACACAGGAAUCCGUUCCCAUUCCAUACAUGGAGUUAUGACAGAUGAAGACAUUGCAAAGGAAAAGCAGGACCUCGUCAUGUUCUGUGAGGAAGAGCUUAAGGAAUCACAAAGGAGAUGCCAACAAGUAAUAAAGGCGCGCGAGGCAGAGCUACAGCAGCUGAGUGAAGCCACACUUUCUCUCAGGAGUUCUGCACAGGCUGCAGUGGAGGACACAGAGAGGCUCUUUACUGAGCUGAUUCAGUCCAUUGAGACGGUGUGCUCUGAGAUGACAGAGAUGAUUAAAGCGAAGGAGCAGGCGGAAUUAGACGAGGCACAUGGAUUUAUGGAGAAACUAGAGCAGGAGAUCGCAGAACUGAAGAGGAGAGAUGCUGAAUAUGACAUGCUUUCACACCUUGAAGACAAAACUCAGUUCCUGAAGAGUUAUGAGUCACUGUGUAGUCUGCUGGGGGUGGAGACCUCUCCUGCAGUUCUAGUCAAUCCAGACUUUUCUUUCGUGAUGGUGUCAAGAAAACUCACAUAUCUGAGUGAGGACAUUAAAGAGCUUUGCCAGAAGAAACUGGAGAAAUUAUCUAAGAAAGUGACAAACCUCAAAUUUAUUCCAACCCCUGUACCCAAAGUCAGAGAGCAGUUUUUGGAAUAUUCAGGUCCUCUGACUCUAGACCUAAACACAGCUCACAGACACCUCAGUGUGAGCGCAGAGAGCAGAGAGGUGACAUUCAGUAAAAUACAGAUAUAUGCAUCUGUUCUUGACCACCCCGAAAGAUUUGAUAUCCAUCACCAAGUCCUGUGCAGAGAGAGCGUGUCUGGCCGUUGUUACUUCGAGGCAGAGUGGAGCGGGAAGGGUCCGGUGCAUAUAGCUGUGUCUUAUGAGGAGAUCAGCCGGAAAGGAAAGAGUACCCUAUGUGCAUUUGGACACAAUGCCCAGUCCUGGAGUCUGGUGUGCUCUGAGGAUACAUAUGCGUUCUGGCACAGUGGAAAAGAGACUAAGAUUCCCCAAAUGCAUUGUGCUCAUAGGACUGGCGUUUAUGUUGAUUUCUUUGCUGGGAUUUUAGCCUUUUACAGCAUCACAGACACAAUGAAUCUCAUCCACAGAAUUCGGACUACAUUCACGCAACCGCUCUAUCCUGGCUUUAGGAUUAGCACUGGGACAAGCGUGAGACUUUGCUAUCCACUUUAACUGCAAAAAUUGAGUUUAUUCAGUGCCUAAACAGUUAUUAUGCUUAAAGAGAGAGUUCAACCAAAAAUUUAAAUAUUAUUUACUCACUCUGAUGCUCCAAACCCACACAAAAGGGAAAAAAAAGUCUUUACAUGGCUUUUUGCCAUAUAAUGAAGGUGAAUAGUGACUCUAGGCUGUCAAGAUCCAAAAAGGAAAAAACAAAACAUAAUAAAAACAACAUAAUACCAUAGUCAAAGUAGUAGAUAUGACUCAUACACUAUUUUCCACAAUUCCAGUUUAUAUUCCAGAUUAUAUUCCAGUCUCCUGAAGCCAUACGAUCAAUUCGUUUGAUGAACAGACUGAAAUUUAAGAUGUAAUUCACUCUCAGAUCAAAUCAUUGAUAAAUUCAGUAUAUGGCGAAUAUGCAAAUUUUCCGUCUACAAUGCAGGUUGGACGUCAUAACGUCUGGUCACAAAACAUACAAGAACGAAUGAAAUUUGAUUUUAUUUACAUCCAACCUGCAUUGUUGUCAUGUUCCCAGUGGAAGAAAGUAAGUCAUAUAGGUUUGGAGUUAUAUAAGGUGAGUAAUGACAUGAUUUUAGUUUUUGGUUGAACUAUUCCUUUAAGCAAAAAGAUCCGAGAGGUGUUCACGUGUUAAUUUGUGAAUACUGUCUCGGCUAAAGGGCAUUGCUAGGUAUUACACGUAGUGGAAUGCCUGCAACUCCUUCAGCCAUUAAUACAGGUCUGUGAGUUCGGAAUGGCACAUUACCCAUACUACUCUGACUGCUUCUGCCAUAUCUGUCUAUGGCAGAAUUAAUAAUGUCCCGGUUUCAGCUGUUUGGCUCACUGAUUUUUUUUUCUUUGAAAUUAAAUAUCCUCAACGUCCUUCUUUGUAUCGUGUCUGGUAUCGAUUGCAGGGAAGGGAAGAUAUUUUAUUGCAUACGAUGAUUUGACGAUACUUUCAUACUUGUUUUGCAGCAAUCCACUCAGAAUCUAUCUGGUUACCAUGACAAAGACUCAUGCGCUUGGCGCUCUCUGCUGCUCUCUGUCAUCAUCCAAUGCAAAUUAGAAAUGCCCAAAUGAAAAUGCAUGUUCAACAAGCUGAAAGAAGCCGAUCUAUGUAUUUGCACAACACGUGAAAAUGGAACUGAAAUGAUUUGCUGUCACUGUAAAUGUUCACUUUCACAUGGCCACAGUGUUAAGAGAUUGCAGGUCAUAUUCAUACAGCUGUAUUUUUUUAGAUAGUACAACCACAUAAAUGUGGAAUUGUAUUUUAAUUUUUAAGUUCCAAUGUUGCAAAUUUUGUGUAAAAGUGUGUAGCUGACAAGAAAUUUCAAGCACUGACAAGUCAUAUAAUUAUUACACAUGCAAUAUGACAUAUGGAUAGAAUAGGCUAUAUUGAAUUUGUACAUUUUACAAAUAUCUAAAAUAUGGUUAAAAUCAUAUAAACAAUAAAUAUUUAAUAAAAUGUUACAUACCAAAAGAUGU